AUGUUCGGCAUCUAUGUGAAUGACAUGCCUGAAGGAAUUGAGAGUCAUAUCAAUUUGUUUGGGGAUGAUGCCAAGAUAAUGAGGAGAGUGAAAAAUGUAAAUGACUGUAUGAAACUGCAAGAGGACCUUGAUAAAAUUGGUAUAUGGAUUAGAACUUGGCAAAUGGAAUUCAAUCUGAAUAAGUGUAAAGUCAUGGAAUUUGGAAAAAGUAAAUGGAGAGUACACGGCAAUUACAAAAUGGAAAAUUUUAGUUUGGAAAGGUCUAAAGAGGUAGUGGAUUUAGGGGUGACAAUUACAGAAGGUUUAGCCCCAGACAGGCAUAUAAAUAAAAUCACGGGAGAAGUAACAAAUCUGCUAAGGACAAUUAAAAUGGCCUUCUCAUAUUUGGAUGCUGAUAUGAUGAAAAAGUUAAUUAGUUCUAUGAUAAGACCAAGACUGGAGUAUGCGCCGAUCGUGUGGUCCCUUCACACUAAGAAGAAUAUUAGAAAAUUGGAGAGGGUGCAAAGGGCAGCCACAAAGUUAGUACUGGAACUGAAGGAUUUGACUUACGAGGAGCGGUUGAGAAAACUGGAAAUUCCAACACUUGAAAGUAGGAGAGAAAGGGGAGACUUGAUAGGUAUUUAUAGAAUGGUGAAUAACCUGGAUAAAGUGAAUGGAGACUUUUUAAGCCUGGAAACAAGGGCUACAAGGGGACAUGGGAAAAAAUUGAAGAAGGUGCAGUUUAUAAGAGACAUUAAGAAGUACAGUUUCCCUUAUAGAGCUGUGGACACCUGGAAUGGGUUAGAUAUAGACAUCGUAAAUGCAGUCAGUGUUCACAGUUUCAAAGCUAAGCUAGACGAAACAAGGUAUAAAGACGGGUCAAUAAGAGCUUGCUCCCCUCCCGUAAACUACAACUAG